UGGAAGAGGUCGGUUAGUCGGUACUGGUACUUUAGUGCGAGCUGCUAGUGAGUGAGCGACUGGGAGAGCGCGCGUGCUGCUAAAGUGAAUUCGUUGCAUUUCUCCUCCUCUUCCACUCACACCUGUGAUAGGUGUUAAUAAACGCGCGGGCCUGUGUCUCCGUGUCAGUGUGUGUGCGUGAAAAAAUUGUAACAACAACAACAACAACAGCAAAUCGCAGUCAGCUGUGAAGAGUCUUUCAAUGUGUGAAAAAUAAAUAAAUGCAAAUGCUAGUAGUAGUAAUAAGCAGAAAUUAUACAUAAAUUAAUAGUGUGAAUCGGCCGCUGCCACAACCGAAAAAUUAAAGCAUGCCUAAAUAAGCAUUGCUAAUCGAAGCAGCUCAAAGGCAACACAGCACAUAGUAAAUCUAAAACUUCACAUACUAUAAUCAAUCGCACUUUGCACUUGCCUGGAAUUGGAAAUUGGGAAUUUUUGACAGCUGAAGCAAGGAGCGAGGAGAGAGAGAGAGCAUAGGGCUCUUGUCGUCACGCUCCAAGUAAGAACUUUGAAGGGAAGCCCAAGGAAGCGGAGGCGGAGGCGGAGGAAAUUCAAUGCACAGAAUCCAGCCGUGUUCUUCAAGCCGAUUCACACAUAUCCAGGCGGCUCAGACUGACUGACUGACAGCCACAGGCGGCUGCAGACUAUUGACGAUAUCUUCCAAGAGGACAACAGGCAUAUCAGGAGGAGAGAGAACGAUUGGAAAGCGAGAAAAACAUAUCCUGCAUCAUAAAUCAUUGCCAGGCUUUGAUUGAUGUUGCGUAUACGCAAUGUGGGCCUCUAAGUGAAAGCUCAAAGAGAGAGUAAGACAUUAGCACCUUCUGGGAACUAACAACAUCAUCAUCAUCAUCGCCGUCGUCGUCGGCAUUCAGUAGAAACCACAAAUCCUACAAACCAAAGAUGGCAUUCAUCUGGCGGCGACGUUCCACGACAAUUGUGAAGCUGGUCUUCUUCCUGCUGGCCAUCUGGUUCUGCAUAGCCUUCCUGGUCUAUACGGACGACACUCGGCGGAGAGCCUCCCAGGAGGGGGGUGGCAGUGCGGCGGCAGGCAGUGCCCUUGGCGGAGGACCAGGAGCAGGAGCAGCAGGAUUGGGCGAUCCCAUUGCCUUGGCUCUGAGAAAUGAGCCAGCGGGCGAGGACCAGGGCAUCAAUGGGAAUGUAAUCGGCGGCUCUGAUGGAAGACACAAGCCUGCCCGGGACGAGGCCGACAUUCCGCCCACAGUGGGCAAACACAAGGAGAACCUGGCGGAAAAACUGCGCAAGAGGGCCCAGGAACACCAGAAGGCCCAGCCCGUAGAAGAUGAUAAAAAAGUGAUUGAUCCACCGAGCGACUUGGAGGACAAUCCCGGCGAAAUGGGCAAGCCGGUGAAGCUGCCCAAGGAAAUGUCCGAGGAUAUGAAGAAGGCUGUGGACGAUGGCUGGACCAAGAACGCCUUCAAUCAGUAUGUUUCUGAUCUGAUCUCGGUGCAUCGAUCGCUGCCAGAUCCAAGGGAUGCCUGGUGCAAGGACUCGGCGCAAUAUAGAACCGAUCUGCCCAAGACCGAUGUCAUUAUCUGUUUCCACAACGAAGCCUGGACGGUGCUCCUGCGAACCGUGCACUCGGUGUUGGACAGAUCACCGGAGCAUUUGAUUGGCAAGAUUAUACUCGUGGACGACUACAGCGAUAUGCCUCACUUGAAGAAGCAAUUGGAGGAUUACUUUAAGCCCUAUCCCAAGGUCCAGAUUCUCAGAGGCCAGAAGCGAGAGGGCCUGAUCAGAGCCCGAAUUUUGGGGGCCAAUCAUGCCAAGUCCGCGGUACUUACCUACUUGGACUCCCAUUGCGAGUGCACGGAAGGCUGGCUGGAACCGCUGUUGGAUCGAAUUGCUCGCAAUUCCACAACCGUUGUGUGUCCCGUGAUAGAUGUCAUCAGCGAUGAGACCCUGGAGUAUCACUAUCGGGACUCCAGUGGCGUUAAUGUGGGAGGCUUUGACUGGAAUCUGCAGUUCAGCUGGCAUCCUGUGCCCGAACGUGAAAGGAAGCGCCAUAAUAGCUCGGCCGAGCCCGUUUACUCACCCACAAUGGCCGGUGGACUCUUCUCCAUCGACAGGGAGUUCUUCAAUCGUUUGGGAACCUAUGACUCCGGCUUCGAUAUCUGGGGAGGUGAGAACCUGGAGCUAUCCUUCAAGACCUGGAUGUGCGGUGGCACUUUGGAGAUUGUGCCCUGCUCUCAUGUGGGUCACAUCUUCCGGAAGCGGUCACCAUACAAGUGGCGUUCGGGCGUGAAUGUGCUGAGGAAGAACUCUGUGCGACUGGCCGAAGUUUGGAUGGAUGAUUACUCGCAGUACUACUAUCACCGCAUUGGCAACGACAAGGGUGACUGGGGCGAUGUCACCGAUCGCAAGCAGCUGCGUCAAGAUCUCAAUUGCAAAAGCUUCAAGUGGUAUCUGGACAACAUUUAUCCUGAACUCUUCAUUCCCGGUGAUUCGGUGGCCCAUGGAGAGAUCGCCAACCUGGCCUCGGCCAUGUGCCUGGAUGCGAAAGAGAAAUCCGAAGAGGAUGUGCCGGUUACCAUUUAUACUUGCCAUGGCCAAGGAGGAAAUCAGUACUGGAUGCUGAGCAAGGCGGGCGAAAUACGACGCGACGACUCCUGUCUGGACUUUGCCGGCAAGGAUGUGACGUUGUAUGCCUGUCAUGGCGGCAAAGGAAAUCAGUUCUGGUCGUACCGCGAAAACACCAAACAGCUGCAUCACGGCACCUCUGGCAAGUGCCUGGCCAUCUCGGAGAACAAGGACCGUCUGCUGAUGGAGGAGUGCAACAGUGAGCUUAGCCGCCAGCAGUGGUCCCUCGAGAACUACGACAGCUCCAAGUUGUGAGGCUACUUUUAUGCGAGGGGCAACCUUAUGUUGCCCACUUCGCGGCGACACCAGCCACCACAUGCAUAGCAGCAGCUGGAUCGGGGGAGCAGCAGGAGCAAGAAGCCAGUCAUGGAGUGGAGACAGGAGUUGGAGUAGUAAAAGGAUCCGCGAGGCAUGUGCAAUAGACGGGGAAUGGGACAGAUAGUGGCAGCAGCAUCACUUGCCAUGCUAUAUAAAUAUAAAUAUAACUUAACUUUAUACAAGUUUCCAAACAACAGAAUAGACGUUACUUAGCCUUAAGCACCAACCAAUCACAAACACACCCGCAGACUAGACAAACACAGACACAGACACUGAAUGAACGACUGCUGUACAGUAGCUAUAAGAUAAGAUGUUUAGUUCUCUAAAGUCUAGACCCAAGUCUAGAUUAGGUUUAAGGAGCUGAGCCGAGCCAAGGCCAAACACAAGCGAACGAAGGCGAUAAGUCGUAGCGCAAUUUUUGCAUUUAAAUUUGUAAACGUUUAGCACAAUUUACGGAAUGUUUUUGUUUGUUUGACUUACUCUCCAGGCUCUGAAAUAUUUAUGAAUUUUAUAAAAAACAUUAAGAAGAUACAAAAAAAAAAAAGAAAUAAGAAAAACAAAUGUCAUCAAAUGGCUUUGCGAAAGCCUCAUUCCAAAUAUAUGUUUUAGUGAGUAAGCCGUAGGCUAAGUCCGAGUUGGAUAGCAUUUUGGUGAUAGCCUUUGUUCGUUUCGCCUCCCAGCAUUCCCUAUAAAAUUUUGAUUUUAUUUAUUUUCCUACAGUACGAUCUAGGGAGGUUUUGUGUUGCUUAAUUUUUAGACGAGCGAGUUGGAGCGUUGGAAAUCUUAUGCCAAAUUACGUUUAGAUGUUUAGAUUUUGUGUAUCCUUUGUGUUCCCCUUUCUUUGAAGAUCCGUUGCAUUUCUUUCCGUUGGAUUCUCAAAAGAAAAGUAAAACAUAUCCUAAGCCAGCUUGUAGUACUUACAAAUAUCAGUUUCCCAACUAUCGAUAUCACAGAAGAUACAUAUAGCGUUAGUCCUUAGCGUAAAUGUGCAUAGUGCCUUCUAUUUAUAACGGACGCAUUCUGACACACACACUACUAUACACCAUAAUUAUUUCUCCUAAAUCGUUCAUCGAACUCUUUGUAGGUUUAGGCUAGGUCACAAUCACAGCGACUGUGUAUAUACCGUACUGUAAAAUUCCAUAUCGCAUCAUGCUGAAUGUGUACAUAUAACUAUCGACUAGAUACUGUUUAUCCAAGACUAAAGCGUACAGUAAUACCAUAUAUAUCACGAUGCUGCGGCGACAGCUUGUUCUUCAUUUGCUGAGUUCUAUUCCAGCCAGCGAGCUUCACUGUAGGCGGCAUUUACAACUUACGUACGAAACCAAAAGCCAUACACGAAGUGGUCGAUAAUCUUUUUUUAAAAAAACUACAUCUUACCAUAGUUUAACUUUAAGCGCGUAGUAAAUGUGUAGCCAGGACGCAAGAAUUGUGCAAAGGAAUCACAGAUACAGUUAUAAAUAAAAAUAUGUGAAUUGAAAAUAA